CACUGAGCAUUUCAUAGAUCUGUCAGUAACCGGAUACUACUAACGUUACUGAAGAUAGCGGGGCGACACAAAUUGCAUCUCGUUAGAUAAGUAACGUUGGACCCUAACGUUAGAAUUUACACGGAAUUUACACGUUAUCAUCUGAAGGAACGGAACAUAUCUGGAUUCGAAAGGAACAUACGCUGUAUUAUACCACUCUUGUUGAACGUGUGUUAUGGGAACUCGCUCAACUGAGCACUUUCUGCCAUGAUGCACGGGUUUCAUGAAUGCUUGGCAGGCUAGCUUUUGGUGCUGACUUACACUAUUUUCUGACGAAAAAGAAGCUUGAUCUUUCAUACCACCACCAAUGAUGGCAAAGACCACAUCGUCGCAGGUCGUAGAACUGUUCCAUUAUUUGCAAGAUCCGCACCAUGUCGCACGGUUUCAGCAGAUCUGCGGGGUGCGCGGGACGUUUUCUAAGAACUCGGCGGAGAUCAAAGACACUGAGCGGACUCAUUUGCACAACAACUGCGUCUCCAUCCAUCCCACCAGUGAACGUGACAAAUGCGCUCGCAGUGGUGGUGGAGAAGGAGAGAAGACAGAGUGUCUUCGGCAGAGGAUCUCGAGCGGACACUCUUUAAAACCGGAGGGAAAUGUUCCUCAAAAUGGAGCAGCGGUCACUCCGGGGUCUGAAAGGUCGGGGCAUAGCACGAGCGAAACUGGAGCCCGGGACAGCGUGGAAAAUGUUUCAAAUAAAGUUAAUUCGUCUGAGGUGGAGAUUGGACCUCCGAGGGUCGGUGAAAAGAACCCAGGUCUCUCAGAGAGCACAGUUAAACCCUUGCGUAAGAAUUCUCUAACAGGUGAUCUGGGACAGGAGUUCAUCAUCGAGAACAAGUUUUUAUACUACCUAUUCACCUUCGGAACUGAGUUGGGAAACGAGCUGUUUUAUACCACCUUUUUCCCGUUCUUUAUAUGGAACGUGGAUGCAUAUGUUAGCCGGAGACUUGUAGUUGUAUGGGUUUGGGUAAUGUACCUUGGUCAGUCAACCAAGGAUGUGAUUCGGUGGGCCAGACCUGCUUCGCCGCCCGUGGUCAAGGUGGAGAUGUUCUAUAACUCUGAGUAUAGUAUGCCCUCUACGCACGCCAUGUCGGGAACUGCCAUUCCCUUCUCGCUGUUCCUGCUGACCUACGAGCGUUGGGAGUACCCCUUCACGGUGGGCCUCUCGCUGGCCCUGUGCUGGUGCAUCCUGGUCUGCCUCAGCCGGAUCUACAUGGGCAUGCACUCCAUCCUGGACAUAAUCGCUGGUGUGACGUUCAGCGUUCUGAUCCUGGUGGUGUUCCAGCCAGCCCUGGACAUGAUUGACAACUUCUAUCAGACGAACCACUACGCCCCCUUCUUGAUCAUCACCCUCCACAUAGGCAUGGGCCUCUUCUCCUUCACCCUGGACACCUGGAGCACCUCCCGGGGCGACACCGCCCAGAUCCUGGGCUGUGGCGCUGGCAUGGCCCUGGGCUCCCACCUCAACUACCGCCUGGGCCUAAUGCCUGACAUCCCCCUGUCCCAGCUGCCCCUGUCCCCUCCAGAGCUCAGUGUCUCCCUGGUGGCCGUGGUCCUGCUGAGGUUGAGCCUGGGAGUGCUGUUGCUGCUGGCCACCCGCGCCCUCAUGAAGGCCCUCACCAUCCCGCUGGCCUGCCGCCUGUUCGGCAUCCCUAGCGGGGACACCAGGAAGGCCCGGCAGCACAUGGAGGUGGAGCUGCCCUACAGGUACAUUGUGUACGGGACGAUGGGCUUCAACACGCUCUUCCUGGUUCCUCUGCUCUUCACCUACCUGAAGCUCGCCUGAUGGUGAGGGGCUCUGUCUUCAGCUCCUGCCCCUCAUCCUGCUCAUCCUGCCCCUCAUCCUGCUCAUCCUGACCCUCAUCCUGCUCAUCCUGACCCUCAUCCUGCUCAUCCUGACCCUCAUCCUGCUCAUCCUGACCCUCAUCCUGACCCUCAUUCUGCUCAUCCUGACCCUCAUCCUGCUCAACCUACCCCUCAUUCUCGGCCCUAAUCCUCAGCCCUCAUCCUAACCCUCAUCCUGUGCCUCACCCUACACAGCACCCUCAGGACCGCACCACUUAUUCCUAUUCAGACAAACCGAGCGCUGCCACUUGGUCCUCCUCCUGCCCGCUGGUCACGGCUGACACCUUGAAGCAGGGGCGUCAAAAGGACUGAGCCAGCUGGAUACCACUGAUCUAGUUCCUGUAAUUAACCUGUGUCUUACUAUUCAGAAAAAAAACUGGAUAAUUCAGGCCUGUUUUCAACCUUUGAUUUGAUGAUCUUAAUUAUAUCAUACUUAUUUUCCGCCCCCCUAAGUAAAUGGGCAUUCAUUGUCUUUUUUUUUUUUUAAGGGCUAAUUUUAUGUAUUUUUAUUUCUGCGUCUUAAUGUAGGGUUUUUAAUUUAUUUGAUUGCAUUUGUUGGUUUCACUUCAGACUGAUGGGAGAAAAGCCAUUACUGGGCACAUAUGACGCUCAGGCAUCACCUUUUCACUGUGGGAUGUGUACUAUAUGAAGAUUAUAGGGUUUCAGGGUAAUACGAAGAUAUGCAUGUUCUGUCAAGUCGUUGAAGGGGAUCCCCCUUACUCCUAUAAAUGAUCUGUUGUGGUGUCAGAGGAGGAAGGGUAUGUUCCAGGAGACGAGGUAAGACUGUCAGAAGACUGUCUGUCUCCUGUGUCCCCCCUCUAGAAACUCAGAGUAACAAACACAAUGUCCCUUACUUCAGCGUAUCGCACCGUUCCUCCUCCUUCCUUUCUAUCUUGUUCAUCCUCCUUGUUUCUCUGUAGUAGUUGGACUACAGUGAUGAGUAUUCUAUUAUAAGGGGGCUUAUACAACACUACGGCUUUCGCUGCUCUAAUGUGGCACAUUAAUUUACUACGUCAAAGUAAAGACGUAUAAGCAUAUUAUUGCUUCAAUCCUCUCACCUGUUGAGGCAACCCUACUUUGUAAUCUUAAGAAUGCCUCUGGCUUUCCACUAGCAGGCAGGUAACUGGUUAUUGGGACCCCUGUGUUGUAUAUAGUAAUGGUAGUACUGUGCAGUACUGUGUUUGUCUAGACAGGACUGUAUUUGGCUCUAUGUUGGGCUGGACAUGUGUGUUUGUCAUUUCAGCAACAUGCAGAAACAUGUCCCUAUGAUUUUGGACCAAGAAAGUCCAUAGACCCGCAGUCCCGAGACAACUUUAAAACGGCCUUAACUUUCCUCAUUGUACACCCUUCAACUCCCAUGAUCAAUUUGUAAGUAGAGUGAGAUGGUACUGUCCCUAUAAAAAAAAUA